GUCGUGAUCACGCUCUCCCGUCCUGCUUAUAAAUUACCACCAAGCCCACUGAGGUACAAGGACUCCCAGCCUUCCACGCAACUCGGCCGAGGUCUCAAUAAACCAUCAAGCUUCGGGAUCAGAAGUCUUUCCUCAGAGCCAUGGAAGGGUAUUUCUCCGCCGUCCGCAAGAUGGAGCAUACCGUGAUGUUCCCCAGCCUCCUCCAAGGGGUCUCCUUGGAAGGCCAGGAUGACACCCUUGAGGCCAACUCCGAUGAAAAAGACCUGUAUGAAUAUUACACACUGCUGAAAUCCAUCAAGCUCUUGGCGGAGGGUGGAUUGGUGCCUCUCGACCACCAGAAGUCUCACAUCGCCACGCGGCUGAAAGAACAGGAGGGCAAAGAGAAGGACGACCUUGAAGGGUUCUUUUAUUACCACGUCUCCAGCUUGUACCGUGUCCUCACCCACCUGACCAGGAGAGCCAAUGCAGUGACCUCCAAAUACAAUGAAAUUAUGGGGCAGAUUAACCCAAGUGAAAAUAGUUUCGGCUUCUGAGAAGCACACACCGCCAUGAACAGCAAAAGGGUCAGUCUUCCACAACCGCCUGCAGGCCUCAUGGAUGAUGCUGACGUAUUGCAGGACGUUGCGCCAGAGAACUUUCUUGUGCGACAACCAGCGUGUUGUGAUUGCAAGGAGACUUGACUGCUCCAAGAACCGAGACUGAUCAGAAAGAAAAUAAGAGCCGUAUUGUAAGCUUAAGUUAUUAUUUAUGUCUCUGAUCCGCAGUGAUUCCCAAAGACAUGUUUUAUAUCUUGCAAAUCCAGUACAUUUCUUAAUCGUGACAUGGCUACUACUGUCCAGUACUUCCAAACCACCUUCAGAAAGACCAUGUUUAUUUCAUUGUUUUUAUAAGUAACUCAAUGUUGAGCUGACGGACUCCCCAUCAAUAAAAACAA